AGUCACCAUAAUAAGCUUCAAUUUUCGCGACUUGCUCUACUACUACUACUACUACUACUACUACUACUACCUUACUAUCUCACCUCGGCUGAUCUAGCCGCACAAAUACUAUUGUCAUUAUCUAGGAUAUAAUCUGCUAUUAUUCAGUACACAGUCCGACUAUCAUUGACAGGUUUUGCCCUGCCUGCGAAGAUUCUUUCUUGGCUUACACCGCCAGUCGUCAGCAUGUGUAUUGCAGUUCUGCGAUCACCAGGGGAUCGCCCUCCAUGGAUGCUGAAGCUCCGAUCGUCGACUGGAUUCAUCAUUGCGACCGUGUGGAUGUCGUGUUUCACAGAGUUUGUACUCUAUGCGAUGAUUGUCCCGGUCAUGCCCACCGCGCUAGUGACUCGCGCCGGAGUACCAUAUGAAGAGCGCGAAUACUGGGUCAGCGUGCUCCUCAUGGCAGAGUCUGGAGUUGCGCUGCUCUGCUGUCCGAUCUUCGGAUACUUGGUCGACAUCUCGGGGACUCGCCAGCCGCCGUUCCUGUUCGGACUGGUGCUGCUAGGUGCAUCGAUGGCGAUCUUCGCUGCGGCAAGGGACGUCUCGUGGUUCGUGCUGGCGAGGCUACUCCAAGGCGGUGCCACCGCCAUGGUGACCGUUGGAGGACUCGCGCUGCUGACGGACUCGGUGGAAGCGGAGCAUCUCGGCCAGACGAUCGGAUACACGGGCUCGGCCAUCACCCUGGGUUUCCUCCUCGGUCCACUCCUGGGGGGGCUGAUCUAUGAAAAUCUCGGCUACACGGCCGUCUUCAUGGUUGCGUUUGCGGUCAUCUCGGGCGAUCUGCUGCUCCGCGUGCUGGUCAUUGAGAAACAGGUCGCCAGCCGGUGGACCAAGCCGACGACGACGACUGAGGAGGAAACUGCUACAGCGCAUGGCCCAUCACGUCCAGGAGACCAAUUUGCCCUCAUCCGACUCGUCAAGCAGCCGCGCAUCCUAAUCAGCUCGUGGGCACUGCUUGUCCAUGGUAUUAUCUUUGCCGCCUUCGACUCGACCCUCCCUGUCUACGUCGAGUCGAGAUACGGCUGGAACACAUUCGGCGCGGGAAUGAUCUUCCUCCCGGCGUCUAUAUCAUCUCUUUUCGAGCCAGUUUUUGGAUACCUUUCCGACCGGUACGGCGCCCGCAAAGCCACAUUCACAGGCUUCCUCCUCCUAGCGCCGAGUCUGAUCUGCCUCCGGUUCACCGAGGAGAACAGCACAGCCCACAUCGCGCUCCUAGUAACCCUCCUGGUGCUGAUCGGGAUGUUCACCAGUCUAGCGAUUCCAGCGCUGUAUGCCGAAACGCAGACGGUGCUCGACGAGCUGGAGGCGCGCGACCCGGGCAUCUUCGGCCCCAAGGGAGCCACGGCGCAAGCGUUUGGCAUCCAGACCAUGGCGCAGUUCGUCGGUCUCUUUGCCGGUCCUGUUUGGGGCGGGUUCAUCGACCACCGCUUCGGCUGGAAGGCCAUGUCGGCUUCUCUGGGUGUUUUGGCUGGUAUCACUUCUAUCCCGAUGUUAUGGUUGAGCGAUGACCCAGAGAAUGCUGAUGACGAUGAAGAGAGUAGACGGCCUUUACUGACAUGAUAACAUGAUAGAUAAACAUUAUAUAUAGAAUUUAUGUAUAGCUACCCCCUUUUUUUUAAAAAAAAAAAAAC